AUGUUUUCUUUGCUGAUAGUGUUCCGAAUAUUUAACAAUUCUGACAAUAAUGCAUUGUAUAAUCGAAUGAAGUGUGUGUUAUCAAUUGACUUUGUUCUCUGUUCAUGUCACAUUUUUUUGUGCUUUUUGUCUCUUCAUGUCCGGUCUUCAAUCUCCAAAAUAUGUAACGGUCUUAACGAGGCAAAAUGCUGUUAUGGAUAUGUAUGGAGUGAAACACAGAAUAAAUGUACACGUUGUGUGGAUGGAUUUUACGGUAGGAACUGUACUUUUCCUUGUCAAUACCCAACAUUCGGCUUGAAGUGUUGUUCAACGUGCAACUGCAGCCGCGAGGACUGUCACCACGUGUACGGAUGUAGUCAAUCAGAGGCUGCACCAAAACCUAUCAACAUAUCACACACGGAUGGAAUACAUACAGAAGAGAAAGAAGUGACAGAAUCUGCACCGAAACCUACCAACACCCCUCUUAUGGGUGAAACAGAAGAGAAAAGAGACGCAAGUGAGAGCAAUUCCGUGUCUUUAGUAUCCGAUUGUAAAGUGGGAUAUAUCGGGGAAAAUUGUGACUCACCUUGUCGCUAUCCUAACUAUGGAGUAGAUUGCCAGUUGAUAUGUAACUGCAAUGAAUCGUAUUGCAAUCAUAAGCAUGGGUGUAGAGGUAAGGGCAUGCCUAUCCGAGGAAGGAUACCAUAA